AUGAAGCUUUCUUUCGUUCUUGCCGCAGCCAUGGCUGCUACUGCCUCGGCCUUCGCGCCCAGUCCCAUCUCCUUCAAGUCAUCUGGCUUGAACAUGGCCGAAGAGCAAUUCGACCAAGAACAAUUCAUUGCUGAAUCCAAGGAAAUGCGAUUGAAGCAUUUGGAGGAACAAGCCAUGUUUGCUCUUAAGAUCGCUUGCGAGAACUACGAAGGAGCUGUCUUUCCCAAUGCUAUGAUUGCUGGUGAUGUCGUUAUCACCCACCUUUUGCACCGCCUUGGUUACCUCGAGGACGGAAAGUGCAAGGUCAUGGUUGUUGAUACCUUCCACCUUUUCCCUGAAACCAUGGAAUUCUUGAAGGAAAUCGAAGAGUUCUACAAGUUCAAAGCCGAAGUUUUCUGUGCUGAGGGAAUCCCAGUUGGAGACAAGGCUGCUUACGACAAGCGUUACGGAGCCGAUCUCUGGAAGGAGAACAUCGAAGAAUACGACCGUGUUUGCAAGGUCGAACCCUUCCAAAGAGGACUCAAGACUCUCAACACCAACUGCAUGAUCAACGGACGCACCAGAUGGCAAGGAUUCGAACGUGCUUGGAUCGAUCAAUUCGAAAACGCCCCCAUUGGUGGAGGACUUGCCAAGUGCAACCCAAUCGCCUACUGGACUUUGGAAGAUACUUUCGACUACAUCGCCAAGUACAACGUUCCCCACCACCCAUUGCACGCCAAGGGAUACCCAUCUAUUGGUGAUGCCAAGGACACCAUCCCAAUCCCAGAAGACGGAUCCACCAAGUUCGUUGACCUCAAGUUCGAGGGAGACAAGACCGCAUGGCUCGACUAUGCCUCUGAGCGUAAGGGACGUUUCGUCGGUUUGGCCAACGCUGAUGGUUCCACCAAGACCGAAUGCGGUAUCCACGUUGAUGGUGCUGAGAAGACUUGGGACCGUGAUUUGUGGGAGACCGAUAGCUCAAAGGUCAAGAAGCUUGAGACCACUGAUGCUGCCAUCGAAGUGAAAAGUUCUGGAAAGCCAUCUGUCAUGGUUGUCUACGCUCCUUGGUGCCAAUUCUCCCAAAAGAUGGAAGAAGAAUUCGAAAAGUUCGCCGAGGAAGUCGGUGGCGACGUUGAUAUCUACAGCUUCCGUGGUGAUGAAGAGAGAGAUUUCGUCCAAGAAAACUUGAACACCAAGUCCUUCCCCACCGUCAACGUCAUCAAACCUGACGGAACUGCUGUCAAGUACGAAUCUGAAGUCCGCACUGUUGACGCUUUCAAGAAGUUCAUGGAUGAGACACUUGCCUAA